AUUCAACCCAUUGAUCCAGUCGAUAUGCGCUGAGUGACUUACGAUUUAAGGAUUCACCUUGACCCAGGUCUUGCUUGCCACGUCUCUUGCUUCAUUUUCCAGUGAUUACGCCCAGUCCAAGCGUAUUACUUCGAUUUGACAAUGUCCGCCGUCGGCCUCGACCCCGCCCAACGACUUAGAGAUCGGAAGCCGAUCCCGAAGCCGGUUCCGGCAUAUCUCCCGACUGCUGGCUCAGUGCUCACAGUCGACAAGGCGCUGUACGAUUCUGCGCAACAAGCGCCACGAGUCCUAGUCGAACAGUUCACUUUGCCGAUUCGCUCCGGACGGGCAUGGAGAGCACCGGCAGGCUCCAUCGUGAGGAUCAGCACGCCCGAGGGUCCUCAAGUCGGUGACCUGAACAUCUGGAACGCACACAACCCCCGCGAGCGCUUCUGGGCGAGCCGCACGAAGCAGCUGCAUGCAAGCCACGUCUCCACGGGCGACCGUCUGUGGUCCAAUCUGCCCUACAUGCGGCCCCUGGCGACCAUUAUCAAGGACUCACUCGACUGGUACGGCGAGGACGAGCAUGGGGGACGCGUGCACGACCUGCUCGGCACGCGGUGCGAUCCCUACAUCAACACCGUCCUCAGCGGCGGCAGCUACGACUUCCAGUGCCACUCGAACCUGACCCGCGCGGUAUUGCCUUAUGGGCUGAACGAGGGCGACGUGCAUGACGUGAUCAACAUCUUCCAGGUCACAGGGUUGGACGACAAGGGGCGGUACUUCAUGAACCCUUGCCCGGCGCAGCCCGGGGACCACAUCGAGUUCCUGGCGGAGCAGGACUUGCUGAUGGCGCUGAGUACUUGCCCCGGCGGCGACUUGUCUCUCUGGGGGUUUGGUGAGGAUAGCGAGGAGGAGAUGAUCAAGUGCUGCCGGCCGCUGAAGGUUGAAGUCUUCCGGCUGGAGGACGAGGGUCUCUUGCAGCGCGGCGGGUGGAAGCCUGCCGAGGUAUCGCAAUACCAGGGGAGACACGGAAUGAACAUUCCCUUGGGAGAAGUUCGCAACUGAGUUGCGCGGGGUGCUCCCAAUGGUGAUUGUGUAGUCUUCACAAGACAUUGUAUUUUCAACGCCUUCGUUAGCGGAUGGCUAUUUAUUGCAUGAGAGGCGAGAUCCCGUGGUUGUAAACCCUUGGAUAGAGCUGAUGAUGAACGAGUUUAUUUGUCACGAGAACAA